AUGCCGUUUCAGAACCUACUUGAGACUCUCACCAAGGAUGUCAGCUUUGGUGAAGAUAUCGACCUCAUCCUCGGACUGACCACCACGGCGUUUGCAGCAGACCAGCUGCUGAAGGCCAUGGUCGACAAGAAGCACAUGACUAGGCACCUUGGACUGGCCGGACUGAGCGGUGUUGCUGCCGCAGCUGCCUUCACCAUGAUGAGACGCGAACACCGCGAGCGCCAUCCAACAGCUCGCCCAAGAAGACACAGGAGUCAUCGGCAUGGCACGGAAAACGACUUGGACUCAGACUGUGACGAUGGCUGUCCCCAUGCACAGUCUCCCAGCCGAACCCAGGCUCAACAGGUGCAAGGCGAGGCCAGACAAGAGGAGACCUUGGCCACAACGCAGAUCCAUGGACAAGGCCGGUUGCAGGAACAUUGGAAACCGUCACUGUCCUCAGCACCCCACCACCCCCACUCCCCCGUCAGGAGGGCGACAUGA